CCGUACAUGUCGUCGCGUCAUUUUGUUUGAGGCAAAAAAAGCGAAAGAUGCUUCAGCUGCUCUUGGUAUUGCUGCUGCUUUAAAGUCGCAAAGUGUAAACAUGGCUGUCCACGUCGAGGGCAGCCGGGGCUUCUACUUCAACACCGUCCUGUCGCUGGCUCGCUCGCUGGCGGCUCACCGGCUGGCGCCGCUCGAUAAGGUGCAAAAGCUGCAAUGUAUGUGUCCCGUGGACGUGCGAGGCGUCUUCCAGCUGGACGAGAGGCGUCGGGACGCCGUGCUGGCCCUGGGCGUCUUCCUGGUGGAGUCCAACCUGCAGCACAAAGACGCCAUCGUGCCCUACCUCCUGGGACUGCUCAAAGGACUUCCCCGAGUUCAUUGGAUCGAGGAGGGCUCGCAACGGAAAAGACCAGGAACGCUUCCCGUGGCCGAGAACUUCAGCUUUUGUUUCGUGACGCUGCUGUCGGACGUCGCCCAGCGAGAUGAAACCUCGCGUGGACAGAUUGUGGAGAGCAUCAUGGACGUCAUGCAAGUCCUGCAGGAGCUAUGCAAGAACCCGCAGUCUCACGAUAAAGCUCCCGCCUACGUGGAGUACACGUGUCGCUACACGGUGCCCACCUUGCUGGGCGUGGCGCGAGCCUUCGGCCGCUACAGCAACACCAGCGAGCCGCUGCUGUCCAAGCUGUUCCCGCGGCCGGCUGCGGCCGCCCCGUCGGCGGCCGACGACGGCGAGGCGGCGCGACGGCGCUCCUUCAAUGACUUCCGCUCCAUCCUGCCCAGUUCCUUCCUCACCGUGUGUCCGCCGGAGACCCUGAGGUGCAAGGGCUCCUCCGUAUCCAUCGUGUCUCAACAGGCCAGUCCAGAGAGGACAAUGCUGAGCCCGAGCUCCCCGGCGGAGCCCUCGGCGCCGUACUUUGAAGGCUCGUACCUGCCCGACGGGAGCUCCGUGGACCCGGACUACUACUUCUCCACCAUCAGUUCCAGCUUCUCCGUCUCGCCUCUCUUCACCGGCAGCAGCCGCGGAGAGUUUCACGUGCCCCUGGACACGCUCCGGCAGCUCCUGCAGAUGGUUGAAGACAUCGUCUCAGAGUCCUUUUUAAAGUCGCUGGACGAAACCUUGGCCGGGUUUUUGGCGUCCAGUCCCGGUCUUCACGUGUACUACAAAAGCUUCAGUGACCCGCUCUACGUGGCCAUCUUCAAGAUGCUCCGAGACACCCUGUACAACCUGAAAGACCUCCGGACGGACUUUGUGAAGGAGGUGCACGACUUUGUGCUGGAGCAGUUUAGCAGCAGCCAGUCGGAGCUGCAGAGGAUCCUGCACGACGUGGAGUACCUGCAGAGCGAGCUGAGCCCGCUCAAGCUGCGCUGCCAGGCCAACGCCGCCUGCGUGGACCUCAUGGUGUGGGCCGUCACCGAGGAGCAAGGAGCCGAGAACCUUUGCAGCAAGCUGUCGGAGAAGCUGCAGUCCAAGACUUCCAGCAAAGUCAUCAUCGCCCACAUGCCCCUCCUCAUCUGCUGCUUGCAGGGCUUGGGCCGCCUGUGCGAGCGUUUCCCGGUGGUGGCCCAUUCGGUCACCGCGUCGCUGAGGGACUUCCUGGUGGUGCCCUCGCCCGUCCUGGUCAAGCUCUACAAAUACCACAGCCAGUGCUCAGCGGCUCAAGGAGGCGCCGAGAUCAAAAUCCACGUGACCAACGAGCACUCCCAGUCCACCGUCGGCGCCAACUCGGCCAGCAAGAAGAGUCAGCCCUCCAUGUACGAGCAGCUGAGAGACAUCUCCAUCGACAACAUCUGCAGGUGUCUGAAGGCGGGGCUGACCAUGGAUAACGUCAUCGUGGAAGCCUUCCUGGCCAGCCUGUCCAACCGUCUGUACAUCUCGCAGGAGAACGACAAGGACGCCCACCUGAUCCCGGACCACACCAUCCGGGCUCUGGGCCACAUCGCCGUGGCCCUGCGGGACACGCCCCGCGUGAUGGAGCCCAUCUUGCAGAUCCUGCAGCAGAAGUUUUGCCAGCCGCCGUCGCAGCUGGACGUGCUGAUCGUGGACCAGCUGGGCUGCAUGGUCAUCACGGGCAACCAAUACAUCUACCAGGAGGUGUGGAAUUUGUUCCAGCAAAUCAGCGUCAAGGCCAGCUCCAUGGUCUACUCCACCAAGGACUACAAGGACCACGGCUACAGGCACUGCUCUCUGGCCGUCAUCAACGCUCUGGGCAACAUCGCGGCCAACCUGCAGGCCGAGCAGAUGGUGGACGAGCUGCUGGUCAACCUGCUGGAGCUCUUUGUGCAGCUGGGCCUGGAGGGCAAGCGGGCCAGCGAGCGGGCGGCCGACAAAGGCCCGGCCCUCAAGGCAUCGAGCAGCGCCGGCAACCUGGGCGUCCUCAUCCCCGUCAUCGCAGUGCUGACCAAAAGGCUGGCGCCCAUCAAGGAGGCCAAACCGCGCCUGCAGAAGCUCUUCAGGGACUUCUGGCUCUACUCGGUGGUGAUGGGCUUCGCCGUGGAAGGCUCAGGUCUGUGGCCCGAGGAGUGGUACGAGGGCGUGUGCGAGAUCGCCACCAAAUCGCCGCUGCUGACCUUCCCGAGCGGCGAGCCGCUGCGCUCGGAGCUGCAGUACAACUCGGCGCUCAAGAACGACACGGUCACCCCGGCGGAGCUCAACGAGCUGCGCGGCACCAUCAUCAACCUGCUGGACCCGCCGCCAGAGGGCGCCGCGCUGGUCAACAAGCUGGAUUUUGCCAUGUCCACCUACCUGCUGUCCGUCUACAGGCUGGAGUACAUGAGGAUGCUGAAUUCGCCCGACUCGGAACGUUUCCAGGUCAUGUUCCGCUACUUUGAGGACCGGGCCAUCCAGAAGGACAAAUCGGGCAUGAUGCAGUGCGUGGUGGCCGUCAGCGACAAAGUCUUUGAGGUCUUCCUGCAAAUGAUGAUCGAGAAGGCCAAAACCAAAGUGCACGAGGAGGAGCUGGAGCGCCACGCCCAGUUCCUGCUGGUCAACUUCAACCACAUCCACAAGAGGAUCCGCAGAGUGGCCGACAAAUAUUUGUCCGGUUUGGCCGAGACCUUCCCUCACCUGCUGUGGAGCGGCCGCGUGCUGAAGACCAUGCUGGACAUCCUGCAGACCCUGUCGCUCUCGCUCAGCGCCGACAUCCACAAGGACCAGCCGUACUACGACAUUCCCGACACGCCCUACAGGAUCACGGUUCCCGACACUCACGAGGCCAGAGAGAGCAUCGUGAAGGACUUUGCCGCCCGCUGCGGGGAGAUCCUGAAGGAGGCCAUGAAGUGGGCGCCGUCCGUCACCAAAUCCCACCUGCAGGAGUACCUGAACAAGCACCAGAACUGGGUGUCGGGUCUGUCGCAGCACACGGGCCUGGCCAUGGCCACCGAGAGCAUCCUGCACUUUGCCGGCUUCAACCGGCAGAGCACGGCGCUGGGGUCCACUCAGCUGACGGAGAGGCCGGCGUGCGUGAAGAAGGACUACUCCAACUUCAUGGCCUCCCUCAAUCUGAGGAACCGAUACGCCGGAGAGGUGUCGGGCAUGAUCCACUUUGCGCAGGCGCUGCGGGGCCAGCCGGACCUGGGCCGGCUGCUGGUCAAGCAGAUGGCAGAGGCUCUGGACUCGGCCCGGCCCGAAGGCUUCACGGAGGUCAUGUUCAAGCUGGCCGCCUUGCUCAUCAGCAGCAAAGAGUGCGACCCUCAGCUGCUGCACCACCUCUGCUGGUCUCCUCUCAAGAUGUUCAGCGAGCACGGCAUGGAGACGGCCGUCGCCUGCUGGGAGUGGCUGCUGGCCGGGCGUGCUGGCGUGGAAGUACCGUUCAUGCGCGAGAUGGCAGGAGCGUGGCAGAUGACGGUGGAGCUGAAGAUGGGCUUAUUCUCCGACGCGCAGCAGGAGGCCGACCCUCUGGCGGCGUCCGAGGAGAGCCAACCCGUACCCUGCCCGCCGGACGUCACGCCCCACCACAUCUGGAUUGAGUUUUUGGUGCAGAGGUUCGAGAUAGCCAAGUACUGCAGCGCCGACCAGGUGGAGAUCUUCGGCAGUUUGCUCCAGCGCUCGCUUUCGCUCAACGUGGGCGGGGCCAAAAGCAACCUCAACCGACACGUCGCGGCCAUCGGACCUCGAUUCAGGCUGCUGACGCUGGGCCUGGCCGUGCUCCACUCUGACGUCAUCACCAACCCCACUGUCAAGAACGUCCUCAGAGAGAAGAUCUACUCCACAGCCUUUGAUUACUUCAGCGUGUCUCCAAAGUUUCCUACCCAGGGUGACAAGCGCCUGCGCGAGGACAUCAGCGUGGCCAUCCGUUUCUACGCCGGCAUCCUGUCGGACAAGAAGUACCUGGCGGCGUGCCACCUGGUGCCCCCCGGUGAGCUUGGCACCACCCCGGCCCCGAGCACGCUCUCUGCCGGGAUAUUCGGAUCACUUAUCGUGUCCAGCACUUCUCCGAUAUCCAUCUUAAACAACCAGGACCCGUCGCUCAACAGUUUGUCGGUGAUGAACGCCGCCGACAUGCGAGGCGGCGGCGGCGGCAGCAUCGACUCCAGCGCUCGCUCGCAGCAGAGCGGCCAGGGAUGGAUCAAUACGUACCCGCUUUCCAGCGGCAUGUCCAGCGCGUCCAAGAAGUCCGGAGCGUCCAAGAAGAGCAACCGAGGAACGCAGCUGCACAAGUACUACAUGAAGCGCCGGACGCUCUUGUUGGCUUUGCUGGCGAGCGAGAUCGAGCGUCUGAGCACGUGGUACAACCCGCUGUGCGCUCAGGAGCUGGCCAUCGCCACCGAGCAGUCGGUGGAGACCAGCAUCGCCAACUGGAGGUCCAAAUACAUCAGCCUGACCGAGAAGCAGUGGAAAGACAACGUCAACCUGGCCUGGAAUAUCGCGCCCUACCUCGCCAUGCAGCUGCCCAGCAGGUUCAAGAACGACGCCAUCACGGCCGAGGUGACCCGCCUGGUGCGUCUGGACCCCGGCGCCGUAAGCGACGUCCCGGAAGCCGUUAAGUUCCUGGUCACGUGGCACACCAUCGACGCCGACUCGCCGGAGCUGAGCCACAUCCUGUGCUGGGCGCCCGCCGACCCGCCCACGGGCCUGUCCUACUUCAGCAGCAUGUACCCGCCGCACCCGCUCACCGCGCAGUACGGCGUCAAGGUGCUGCGCUCCUUCCCUCCGGACGCCAUCUUGUUCUACAUCCCGCAGAUUGUUCAAGCGCUGCGCUACGAUAAGAUGGGCUACGUGCGGGAGUACAUCCUGUGGGCCGCGCAGAAGUCCCAGCUGCUGGCUCACCAGUUCAUCUGGAACAUGAAGACCAACAUCUUCAUGGACGAGGAGGCGCACCAGAAGGACCCCGACAUCGGUGAGCUGCUGGAGCAAAUGGUGGAGGAGAUCACGGGAUCGCUGUCGGGUCCGGCCAAAGAUUUCUACCAGCGGGAGUUUGACUUCUUUAAUAAGAUCACCAACGUGUCGGCAAUCAUCAAGCCAAUCCCCAAAGGGGAGGAGCGGAAACGGGGUUGUCUGAAGGCUCUGGCGGAUAUCAAAGUUCAAGCAGGCUGCUACCUGCCCAGUAACCCCGAGGCCAUCGUCCUGGACAUCGACUACAAGUCCGGAACCCCCAUGCAGAGCGCGGCCAAGGCUCCCUACCUGGCCAAGUUCAAAGUGAAGCGUUGCGGCGUGAGCGAGCUGGAGCGCGAGGGCCUGCGCUGCCCGUCCGACUCGCUGGACGAGGACGGGGACAACCCGGAUGCGGCGCGGCGAGUCUGCUGGCAGGCGGCCAUCUUCAAAGUGGGCGACGACUGCCGGCAGGAUAUGCUGGCGCUGCAGAUCAUUGGACUCUUCAAGAACAUCUUCCAGUUGGUGGGCCUGGACCUUUUUGUUUUCCCCUACCGGGUGGUGGCCACGGCUCCCGGGUGCGGCGUGAUCGAGUGCAUCCCGGACUGCAAGUCCCGCGACCAGCUGGGCAGGCAGACGGACUUUGGCAUGUACGACUACUUCCGCAACCAAUACGGCGACGAAUCCACGCUGGCCUUCCAGAAGGCUCGCUACAACUUCAUCCGUAGCAUGGCGGCGUACAGCCUGCUGCUCUUCCUGCUGCAGAUUAAAGACAGACACAACGGCAACAUCAUGCUGGACAGCAAGGGACACCUCAUCCACAUCGACUUUGGCUUCAUGUUUGAGAGCUCCCCGGGCGGCAACCUGGGCUGGGAGCCCGACAUCAAGCUGACGGACGAAAUGGUGAUGAUCAUGGGUGGCAAGAUGGAGGCCACGCCCUUCAAGUGGUUCAUGGAGAUGUGCGUGCGAGGCUACCUGGCCGUUCGUCCCUACAUGGACGCGGUGGUGUCGCUGGUCACGCUCAUGCUGGACACGGGGCUGCCCUGCUUCCGAGGACAGACCAUCAAGCUCCUCAAAGGCAGGUUUAAUCCUCAGAUGAGCGAGAAAGAGGCGGCGGCGUUUAUCAUCAAGGUCAUCCAAAGCUGCUUCCUCAGUAGCAGGAGCAAAACCUACGAUAUGCUGCAAUAUUACCAGAACCAAAUUCCCUACUGAGCUGAGCCGCUGGCGGCGGCGGCGGCAGCAGCAGCGAGUCCAAACCCGAAAGCAACAGCGCUUUAGUAAAAGUGCUAUCACCCUUCAAGCAUCAUCACCACCACCUCCGUGCACUUUAUUUCUCGCACUAUUUCAAGAUUACCAUCAAAUAUUACUUUGUGUGUUACUUGUCAGGCCACGAGGACGAGUCAUCGCUGCAAAGUCAUUCCGCAGCGGCACUCUAGUGUGUUCUGGAACUUUGUGUGUGUGUGUGUUGUGUGUAUGUGUGCGUGUGCGUGUGUGUGUGUGUGUGUGUGUGUUUGCCAACUCGUUUUGAGCUCUAGAAAAUCUCAAGUUUUAUUUCGCCCUUGUGCAAUGGUUUUAAUUCUUUUGAAUGAUUAUGACUUCUUGUGAAUAUGUCCCAAACUAUCCCAAAGCACUUCAAUGUCAUUUAAGUCAUUUUACAGCAUUACCCUUAAAAACAAUUGACUCCGAGUGAGAGGACAAAAAUUUGCUGAUAAAAUACCUGAGGGAAAAUUCAGCAACCACAACAAAUGGCCAAUAUGGGGAUUGAUUUUGGUCGGCCUCCCGGUAGUAAGCGUAGUGUGCAAAAAGCCACACGUUGUUGGAAACAAGUAUGAGGGUCCCUCAAAAUGCUUGCGGCAAACACACACACACACACCUGCACCUGCGCGCGUGCUGAACCUGUUUGGAAACAUUCCUUGUGUGUCAUGUGAUGACUUUUCCCCCAAACAAAGCCAUGUCCUACGUGACGCAAGCGAGCAACCCUCGAUAUGCAAAAACUAUCUAUCCAUGUGCUGUGGUUUUUUGGAGUGUCAAACUUCCCUCGUAUCCUGACUCGUUCGUCUUCAAGGUGCAACUUGGAUGGAUGUUGGCCAUUUGAGCUCUCAAGGUCCAAAUGGUGUCAUCACGCCAACUCAAGCCCUCCUCGAUCUUCUUGGCUCUGUGACACAUCCUUCGUGAAAACGCGCGCGUUUGUGUCCGAGAAAUGUUUUUAUUUUCCAUAUUUGUCGGCGCAUUCCACUUUUUCCAGAAAACAUCUGUUGAUUUGAAAAGAUUAAAGCCUCACUUGAAAGCUC